AUGGGUGUGGAAUUAUGGUUUGAUACCGACAGUGAAGACGAGGAGGAAUAUUCCAAUCUUGCUGUAGAUCGAACGCGGAUAAGGGAUAAUUCUAAUCCGUUGGAUCAAACCGAAAAAUCUUUCAUUCAAUUCUUCAGAGUAUCCAAGGAGAUUUUCAAAUACCUACUGGAUAUAAUCGAUGCAAAAAUCAAUCCGGUACAACUGUCCACGUCAGUGCCUCCAAUGAUCAUGCUGGCAGCUUCGUUGAGGUUUUUUGCAGAAGGCAACUACCAGAAGGGCGUAGGUAACGAUAGAUUUAUCGGAUUGGCACAACCAACGAUGUCUUAUAUGCUGCAACUUCUGUUGGACAUUAUUGAAACUGAAGUGUGCCCAGCUGUAAUCCAGUUUCCAUUCGAAGAAAGAGAAACAAAUGCGAUUAAACUGGGUUUCUACGAGAAAACUGGAUUUCCAGGAGUAAUCGAAUGCGUAGAUGGAACCCGCAUCAUCCCUCCGGCUCACGAUAAACACCUGUUUUACAACCGUAAAGGCUUUUACAGUCUGAAUGUUAUGUUGGUUUGUGAUCAUAACUUUAUGAUUCGGUAUCUCGAUGCCAACCACCCGGGCUCCUCCCACGACUCUUUUGUAUGGAAUGGCAAUUCGCUGAGUUAGUUGCGUUUACAAAGAUUCGACAAUAGGGAGAGGAACUCCUGGUUACUCGGUAAGAAUAGAGUUAUUGAGCGUAUUGAAAUACUGUGA